AUGCUGUUGGUGAAUGUAUUCAUUUCCGUGCUAGCUUUCGCUAUUGGCUGCUGUGCUAAAUCUGUCAGUAGUAGAAAUAUUGAUGCGGUUGGCUUCAGCGGUUCAGGGUUCUACAUAUAUUACCAUUUUGGUGUAGUGAGAAAGCUGCGUGAGUCCGGUCUGGUAGUUCCAGGACAGACGUCGAUGGCAGGUACAAGCGGCGGGUCGUAUAUAGCUGCGUUGAACUGUCUGGGUGUAGAGGGCGAUGACGUGGAAAAAGCGUUUGAUAGUCAGAUCGCCCUUUGCAGUGAAAAAUCAUGCGAAGGUAGAUUAGACAACGUCGCGUCGAAGAUUCUGGAAUCACUCGUCCCGGGAGGAGAUGCCUGGGAAAAAUGCAAGGAUCUGGUGGGCGUCCAUAUAACCGUUGGAGAAGACGUCCGCUUUGCCGAAUGCGAUUCACAGCCUUCUACUGGACUGACUGUCACGGAAUUCACUAGUAGAAGUGAUCUCAUCAGUGCACUUCGCGCAUCCUCGUUUGUCAGCGGUAAAUCAAAAACCGACGCCUGUGCGACACCAUUCCGAAGCAUGCACGCCAGAGACGGUGGAUACUCGAAAGAGCUCCCGUGCCCAGAAGGACUCGAGGGCAACAACUGUCUACGCGUGGCUGUAGUUCCCAGCAGUCAAUGGAAGCAGUGGUCAGAGUUGGGUGGCGAUGUGCCCCUAGACAAUUCAACAGAUAUAUACCCGGGUAUUCGGGGCCUGAACACCUUGCCCAUUUCCGCAGAGGACUGGUUAAAAACUAUGUUUGAUGCUAAAGCCAUUGCGCCGUAUCUGGAUGCAUUGGUACAGUUAGGCUACGACGAUACAUCAUUCUGGUUAGAUCAGAAUGUUCUAUUGUAAAAAUAAAACGGUUACUAGUAUGCAGUA